UCGGACGCCGCUGCGGCUGCUGCAGGUGGAAACAUGGCGAUGAAGGCGCUCAGAGGGAUGGUGAACGGGGCCAUGAGCGAGCUCUCCUCGGCCGUCAGCGGGAACAGACCGACGGCCGCCGCCCCGGCCUCCACCGCCGCCUCGCGGGAGCAUGUGAUGGCCGUGAGCCGGGACUAUAUCUCCCAACCCCGCCUCACCUAUAGAACAGUGUCUGGAGUCAACGGGCCGCUGGUGAUUCUGGACCAGGUGAAGUUCCCCAGGUACGCCGAGAUCGUCCACCUCACGCUGCCCGACGGCACCAAGAGGAGCGGACAGGUGCUGGAGGUCACCGGCUCCAAAGCUGUGGUGCAGGUGUUUGAGGGGACUGCAGGUAUCGAUGCAAAGAAGACCAGCUGUGAGUUCACAGGGGACAUCCUGCGGACACCUGUCUCUGAGGACAUGUUGGGUCGUGUGUUUAAUGGAUCUGGGAAACCCAUCGACAGAGGACCGGCAGUCCUGGCUGAAGACUUCCUGGACAUCAUGGGUCAACCCAUAAACCCUCAGUGUCGCAUUUACCCCGAGGAGAUGAUCCAGACCGGCAUCUCCGCCAUCGACGGCAUGAACAGCAUCGCCAGGGGCCAGAAGAUCCCCAUCUUCUCUGCUGCAGGGCUGCCACACAAUGAGAUCGCCGCUCAGAUCUGUCGGCAGGCCGGUCUGGUGAAGAAGUCCAAGGACGUGAUGGACUACAGCGAGGACAACUUCGCCAUAGUGUUCGCCGCCAUGGGGGUCAACAUGGAGACCGCCAGGUUCUUCAAGUCGGACUUCGAGGAGAACGGUUCCAUGGACAACGUGUGUUUGUUCCUCAACCUGGCCAACGACCCCACCAUCGAGCGAAUCAUCACGCCUCGUUUAGCUCUGACAUCAGCAGAGUAUCUGGCCUAUCAGUGUGAGAAGCACGUCCUCGUCAUCCUCACUGACAUGAGCUCCUACGCAGAGGCUCUCCGAGAGGUGUCUGCAGCCAGGGAGGAGGUGCCGGGCCGACGAGGUUUCCCCGGAUACAUGUACACGGAUCUGGCCACCAUCUACGAGAGAGCGGGCAGAGUGGAGGGACGUAACGGCUCCAUCACCCAGAUCCCCAUCCUCACCAUGCCCAACGACGACAUCACUCAUCCUAUUCCUGACCUGACCGGUUACAUCACUGAGGGACAGAUCUAUGUGGACAGACAACUUCACAACAGACAGAUUUAUCCUCCAAUCAACGUGCUGCCGUCGCUCUCCCGUCUAAUGAAGUCCGCCAUCGGGGAGGGGAUGACCCGCAGAGACCACUCUGAUGUUUCCAACCAGCUCUAUGCAUGUUACGCCAUAGGGAAGGACGUCCAGGCCAUGAAGGCGGUGGUGGGGGAGGAGGCUCUGACGGCUGAUGAUCUGCUCUACCUGGAGUUCCUCACCAAGUUUGAGAAAAACUUCAUCUCCCAAGGUGCUUAUGAAAACAGGAGUGUGUUUGAGACCCUGGACAUCGGAUGGCAGCUGAUGAGGAUCUUCCCCAAAGAGAUGCUGAAGAGGAUUCCUCAGAGCACCUUAGCUGAGUUUUACCCCCGAGAAGCCAAACACUAACCGGACCUGCCCCCGGCCCCCGGCCCCUCGCCGCUUCCAUCUGCUUCUGUGAGAACUGCCUUCAUACGGUGUAGUGUUGAUGCUGUGACCGUCCUGACGCUUGUGACUUUCAUGCGGCCUUGACAACAAACCAUUGAACAGGAGGAGGAACACACUCCAACACACACAGAGGUUUGUGUUUACAGUCAGUGUAGAGGAAGAGAGUAGUACAGUAACGUGUUAAUUAUCUGCGUGAGUGAUCAGAAGGACAUUUAGAUUUUUUUGCCACACCUAGAACACGACACGAAGUACAGAAAGAAAAUCACAUAAAUCCCAGACUCUGGUUUUCAGACCUUAAUGUGUAAUAUCUACAAAGAAAUCAUGAAUUACUAAUAAAGCAUCUGUAAUUUAACCUACAGGAGAAGCCACAGUAAAGACUAAACAUUCCCUCCUUUUCUCUCUUUCCCUCUCUGGAAGUUCAGCACAAAUCUCCCCGUAAAACAGCAAAUUGACAUUUUUACAGUUUGGUGUUUGCACGGUUGAAAUAAACAAGAUAUCACGUGUUAGUCAGAGAUUGUCAGAGGAACUGUAUCAAUCUGAACAUCAAACUCUCAGCAACAAAACCAAUAAGAAGAUUUCCAAAGAUGUCAAAUAAUUUCUUUAAAGGUACCAGGAGUAACGUUUUUACAUGUGAGUCCCUGUUGAUGUUGAAAUAAAAUCUCAAACAUUAGUUUUUACAAAUGUUUAAUAAUAUUUUUUAGAGCUCAAGGAUUCACACAAUGAGUUUUGGUGGGAAACAAACUCUUAUGUUUAGAAGAGAAGAUGGCGUACACCUGUGCAUCACUGCAGCCAGGUGGCCUCCAUGUUGCUCUUUAAUCUGCAUAUAUUUUGAUAUUUACAGAUUAUUGUAAUUCAGAUUUAAAAUCUUAAUUAUAACAGAAAUUAUAGAGAAUAUUCUUCUAACCAGUUCAGUAUUACCCCUCAGUUAUAAGCUAAAUUAAAUAAACUGUCGGGUUUACCUGUGGAGGAGUCUCACCUGAGUGAAUGUGAAGGCGUCAUGCUCAAUAUGCUUCAGCAGGUGUUUCGUUCACGCCGUACGAUUGUGACGCCCUGACAGACUGUCAUGUAACUGCCGUGAGGUACACGGAGUUGUUUGGAGGAAUGUUUCUCGCUUUGAUGCGUGUCCUACAUGAAAGGCGUGUCUGUAUCGGGAUAUUAGAGUGAGUAUUGGGCGUUUAAAUGAUGCGGAUGUGUGUGAGGUUUAAACAAGACGUCCUCUUGAUGUUGUCGUGGUUUCUCUGGAUGAUCGUUGUCGACUCUUUCUCUUUUAUUCCGGUGCCAAAAGCUUGAAGCGCUGAUUUCUUUGUGUUUCAUGUUUUCUGUGUUUGUGUAAUCUUUCAGUUCUCGACUGUCUGCUACUCAUCAGCCUUGAAAUAUCUAUGAAUUAUGUAUUUCUGUUUGAACAGUGUGUGCAUAUUGACUGGUUAUGAUCAUCAUGCAUGCGUUGUCAUUGAAUGUUUCCUGUUGGUGCCUCAAGUUAUCAAGUGAAAUAAAAG